AGGGCUACUCCUGCUUUCCUUCCUCACACACCUGAGAGAGCGAUAGAGAGAGAGAGACUACCAGGGUCCUCGCAGCACACCACAGCCUAUCUAUUGCAAAGUAGUGCCCAGUAGCAGUUUGGCAAGAAGCCAGUUACUUUCUUAACCAAAUCGAGGGAGGGGGCGCGCACGGUGCGUGUGACGGGCAACUGACGUUCCCAACGGUUCUCUCAGGCAACGGAAGAUGCACACUAUGGAUGUUUGUGUAAUCGCUGGAGACGGCAGUUUUCUGAAUUUUUUUAACGACGGACACGCCUCGUCAGUUGCCUUGCGUCCCCACGGAACAUCAUGCGAGUAGGAGCAACGCACCCAAUGCCAUGCUGAGCAACUCCCCGACUUUUCUGCUGGCCCUAACCACGGUAGCUGGACUACUCCAGCGGUGCCACGGCUGGAGCGACGAGGACCUCCUGUUACCCCCCAUCAACUCCACCAACAGAUUCUUGGCCAACUUGGAGGUAGACGUGCACUACUCGAAGAGAUCCGUGGAGGAGAGCGAAGCCUCCUCGUCAGACACUUCGUUACAGCCGUUGCCACAGUGCAACGUCAGCGUGCAGAGACUUUUCCCCACCUCGCUAGUGGCUCAUUGGGACAGCAACUUCGGUUUCCAGUGCGAUGUGUUUAUAUAUACCGCCAAUAACCAUGGAAGGGCUUUUUUCUCUGCUGCUAUCAACAGAGCCAUCUCACCUGUUCUCAUCGAACACCUCGGAGUCACCGGCGGCCAGCAGGAGUUUAGACUGUGUGUUGGAUGUGGCAUGUCACGAUACCGGCGAUUCGGCAAGUCAAAGGCUCAGCAGACGGGGGAUCCCAUCAAUUUCUGCUGUGUUGACUUCAGCCUUGACGAACUAAAUGGGGACAAAAGUUGGAGAUUGAACCGUAAACCUAUCGAGUCAACUCUUGUGGCUUGUUUCAUGACUCUAGUGAUAAUAGUGUGGAGUGUUGCUGCCCUCAUAUGGCCGGUGCCUAUUAUUGCAGGAUUUCUGCCCAACGGUAUGGAACAGAGAAGGCCGAGAUAAAGAAUUCUGGAGAUAAGCCCCCAAACCAAGAGGCAAAAAAUACUGUAGAAUACAUAUCUCAACGUUUUUUUCACAUUCUACCCGUAUGAAAGAAUGUCCGUUUCCCAAUUUUACCGUUUAGAAUGAAAGAGUGCUUUUUGGUUUUGGUCUAUUUCCUAUUUAUAGGCCUUCAUGGUAAGAAGACCAAUAGUUUUAAAGGUGGGCUGUGUUAUUGUAUUACAUUGGCUGUAGAAUAGGUGCAUAUGUAGAGUGUGUUAACAACAUUUCACUGUAAACAGUGUUUGUAUGGUUUUACAUAUUUCUGGGAUUAUUGCCUAUAGGGAAGUGGUGUAGUGGUGCCUGGAGAAUAGGUAUACUCUUAAUUUUGGGAAAAAAUGUCCCAAACGGCCUGCCCGGCGAAGGAAAGGCGCUCUGUGUGAAAAAUUCUAUGCGAAACAGUGACAUUCAUUCUGUAUUACCUAAAAUGAUAAAUCCCAUGUUGGUCUUUCACAGACAGGCCAACCCAAGCUGUACUGUGCAAGGAGGCUAAUUGUAGGCAUACUAUUGAAACAGAUAAAUUAGGCUGUCAACUAAAUCAGAAAUUCAAAGGUUUCAGAUGUAUUUUUUCAGAUUUUCACUCUCAAAAUCACACUUUGUUUUAUAGAAAAACAACACAAUUGGAUGUUCUAAGUCCAUAAAAAUGCUUAAACUACAUCAGGAGACCACUUUUGAGGUCUGGGAAAAAUCUAAGAUAAAACCAUUUUUGUGUAGUUCAAAUCAAAGUUUAUUUGUCACGUGCGCCGAAUACAACAGGUGUAGACCUUACAGUGAAAUGCUUACUCACAGGCUCUAACCAAUAGUGCGAAAGAAAAAGGUGUGUGUGUGUGUGUAGGUAAGUAAAGAACUAAAACAACAGUAAAAAGACAUUUGAAAAUAAGAGUAGCAAGGCUAUAUACAGACACCUGUUAGUCAGGCUUAUUGAGGUAGUAUGUACAUGUAGAUAUGGUUAAAGUGACUAUGUAUAUAUGAUGAACAGAGAGUAGCAGUAGCAUAAAAGAGGGGUUGGCUGGUGGUGGGACACAAUGCAGAUAGCCCAGUUAGUCAAUGUCCGGGAGCACUGGUUGGUCGGGCCAAUUGAGGUAGUAUGUACAUGAGUGUAUAGUUAAAGUGACUAUGCAUAUAAGAUAAACAGAGAGUAGCAGCAGUGUAAAAGAGGGGUUACUCUUUAAUUCAAGUGUGCAGGCACCUAGCACUAUUGUUUUGUUAGUGGUGUUUGUGUAGCACAUGAGAUGGAGUUUGCAAGACAAAUGGCCACUGGAUUAAUGCAAAUAAUCAUGAUAUCAUUCUGCCAGGUAGGCGUAGGCUACUUUGUAGCUAGUUAACAUUUAAUAGGUUUUUGGGAAUGCCUUUCCAUCUACCAGAAGACAGUUAGGCCUAUCAUUAGCAUCGCUAUAAUUUCCCUGUUCCUUAAUUGUUUGAAACCUGGACAUUUUACUUCAUAUUAUGAG